AUGACAUCAUCAUUUUUAGGUGAAAUUAUAAUUUUACCAAAUAAAGAAAGUGAUGGGAAUGAUGGAAUUGGGUCAGUUGAUAUUACAAAAAACACAUUCUUUUUAGGAUCAUCCAGCGAGUCUUGUUUAAUUGUCAUUGUAAAUAAAACAAAUCCAAUCAUUGAUGAUGGUGCUGAUGAAAUAAAUAAUAAUAAUAAUAAUAAUAAUAAUAAUAAUAAUAAUAAUAAUAAUAAUAAUAAUAAUAAUAAUAAUAAUAAUAAUAAUAAUAAUAAUAAUAGUAAUAAUAACUAUAAUAAUGAAACAACAACAACACAAGAUUUUUCAAAUAUUGAUAGCGAUCAUGACUCAUAUUUUAAAAGAGGAUCAUCAUCACGUUCUCAUAGUUUACAAUUAGCAAUUAUAAAAUCAAAAGAUGACGAUGAAGAAGAUGAUGACGAAGGUGAUAUUAAUGACUGUAUUGAUACAAACCCUCAACCAAUUAAAAAUGAUACGGCACAACAUACAAAGGAAGAUAGCAUAGAGGAAAACAAAGAACAAAUUAAAGAAACUAAUCAAAUUGAUAAAGAAGAAAUAAAAGAGAAUAAAGGAGAAGAAGAAAUUAAAGAAAAUAUUCAAAUAUCAUCACCAUCAAAACCAAUACCAAUGAUUAUUACUGCAGAAAAUUCAUCAUCAGCAACAACUACAACUACAACUACAACAACAACAACAUCAACAUUAAAUCAAGAUUUAAAUUAUGAUAAUGGUGAAAUUUAUAAAAAGCAUAUAAAAAUUAAGGUUUACACAAUAAAAGGUAAAGUUGAAAAAUGUUAUUUGGUAGAUAAUGUUGGUAAUGGUAGUGUCCAAUUGGGUGGUAUUAAAAAUUACUUUAAACAGUUGGAAAUUGAACUAAAACCUUCAACCGUUUUCUCAAUUGGUGAGCAUCGUUUCAUGUUUUCAAAUGUUCCAACCAAUUUAAAUAGAGCUUUCAUUCAUCCUUUUAUCACUAUUAAUAAGAAUAUUUGUCCUUUAACUCCAAAGAAGAUAACUCCAAAUUUAAUUAAUACUAGUGGUAGUGAUAGUGGUAGUGGUAGUGGUAGUACUCUAUCAUCACCAACAACUUCAACAACACCACCAAAAAACAAAAUAAAUACAACACCAAACAACAACAACAAAUCCAAAUCAAAAAUACCAAUGUCACCAAUUACUGAAAUUCCAACAAAAUCACCAAUUAAAAAUAAAGUAUCAAAAAAAUUAUCAUUUUCAUCACCAUCACCACCAUCACCACCAUCAUCAUUUUCAUCACCAUCACCACCAUCAUCAUCAUCCUCCUCAAACAAACAACAAUCUAAAAAAUUAAACAUUGUAAAAGACUCAAUGAAGGAGGCAACAAAUGAAGAAUCAAAUGAUAGAAUUGAAGAGAUUGAACAUGUAGAAAAGGUUGAACACAUUGAAGAGGAGGAAAUAGUAGAAGAAAGACCAAAGAAAAUGGCAAAAAGAAGAAAAUCAUUGGAUCCAACACCUUCAAGUGAUCAUAAUGAGAGACAAAAUAAAAUUUUAAAAAGAAAAUCUAUGGAUUCAAAUUCGGUAUUAAUAGAUAAUAGUAAAAAAACAACCAUUAAAAAAACAACCACAACAACUACAACCACUUAUCCUACUCUUACUCAAAAAAGAGUUACAAGAGGUAAUAGUCUUAUUAAUUUCAAACCUGGAAGGAGUGAAAGUUCAUUUUAUAGUGACUUGGCAAAACAACCUUUUAAAGAUAAUCACUAA